GCGACAGUGAUGAUCUCUCGUGCGCUGCGUUGUUUGAGGUCGGACACUGUAGACGUCAAGGCGAGCAAGAGACGGACGAGGCUGCGAAGCUGCGAGGCUGUAACACAUGCUCAAACACUCGCGGUCAUGUGAUCGCAACUGCUUGGCCUGUCACGUGCGACAGAACAUACUGCCUUAUCACGUGGUUGCAACCUUACUUGUUAAUGUCUUCUAGCACCGACGUUGCACGUCCGAACAUGAUCGUUGACGUUGCUUAUGAAGGCGACCACCUGUUCCUACUUCGUCUCUUUCAGCGCCUCCAAACGCUAUCCCAGUUCUAUAUCAAGAGUAUCUCCCUCGCCGAACGACCUGUCGAGGCCUUGUAGCUCUGACGAUCGAGCGGCUUUGUCCAUCAGUUCUAAACUGACACCUUUAUUGGCUCGACUGUGACGUUGGCUGCUCUUGUUUGCUUGUCGCUCUCUAUUGGCAGACUCAUCUCUUCCACCACGCUCUCCGACGAUUGAGAUAGCUCGAGUCUAUGGCGUUCCCUGCAUUGGCUGGUUAGCUGACGUGUACUUGACUGUAGACAGCACAGGUGAGCACUUACUCCUGCUUCCUAUACAAAUGCCUCACAACGAAUGUGAAGCCGAUCAGGCAUAUCGAGUUGGCAAGACAGAAAGAGUAGCCCUUUGUGAACCGAGGAGAUUCAACGGUCUUGAAGACAAGGAGACCGAUCCAAGCACGGAUGGCGGUGGGAACUGUGUUCAUCACAACCAGCGUCACCGCACGCUCUGCCUUGUUAUGCCGGAGGAUAUCAUUUGCCCAGCCGUACAGAACGCUACUCAUUCCAAUGUCGAAGUAGUAGAUGUUGAAGGCGAACCAUUUGGCAUUUUCGGGGAUGUUCCAGACCACGAGCAGGGUCAUGCUGACAAUGUUGACGGUGUGCGCAAGCAGGAUGGCGCCGGUCCGUCCAAGCCAGAGAUCGGAGCUGAAGUUAAUGAACAGCACAUAGAGGAUGCCUAUGCCUGGUGCUGAUGACCCGAGUCUGUUGACUUCGGCGUUCGUGUAACGGCCGAGGCUUUUGAUCCAGAGCAAGUACCCGCCCCAAGGUUGAGGGUCGCUGUUCCAGAAGAAGAGGUUCCAGGCGACGAGAGUAUAGACUUUCCAGCUGGUGAAGACCGAUUUGAGCAAGCCAAGUGACAGUUUGGGGAUCGCGUUGUUCUUGGCCCCGGUUCCAUUCUCCUGCAGGCGCCUUCGCGCAAUCUGAAGCUCCUCCUCAUUGAGAAACAUUUUGUUGGGAAUAUCGGGAGUGCCGGGCCAGAUGAAGAAUCCCGCAAUAGCGACGACGAAGGUCAUCAACGAGACGAUGAUGAACAUCCAUCUAUUCAACUUAAGUCAGCUUCUUGCACAUCCGAGUGGUUGAUCAGCAGUUGACAUGACACCACGUACCGCCAACCUGCGAGACCCGCAACCCCUUCGAGGUUCGCUGAGGCACUGCUCUGGAUCAGGCCUGAGGUAAGAGACCCAAGCGUCAAGCCGAUAUAGAAAAUUCCACCGCGACGGCCAAGUUCGUCCGCUCGGUCUAUUCGGACAAAAUGAGUCAGCUUUGAAGUUAAUGAAUGUUGCUACCAUCGUGGUUCAGAACUCCGCUGCCAUAGACGAUGGCGUCAAUUUAUCCCAUCGAUGAUCGAUGACAGAACAUAAUGGACUCCGACGAAGAAAGGAGCCUGUGUCAGUCGUCAGUCAGCCUUGAGUCACAGACUGGUAAAGACACCCUUCAGCAGGACUGACCUCGAAGAACCCAAUGAAGAACCUGUAUGCCAUGAACUCUGCAUACGAGUUGGCCCGAUAUUGCAAGAGGGUGAAAAUGCCCCAGAAAAUCUCCGUUCCCGGUACCAGCCAAUUCAUGGGCAGCAGCGGGAAUAAAUAUGCGAAGGGGAUCUGGCCAAUGACUUGAGCGACUUGACUGAUGGUUUGGAAGUCGACCAACUGGUUUCCACGAAAGUUGAGGUCGUCGGAAAGUCCGGCCACCCAUGCAUUGUCUGCCACGUCUCAAACCCAAUGAAUGCAUACGGGACAAUAAGCAGGUCCAGUUUCAGGAGCAGCUUUCGUUCUUGAGGUGUGUCGCUUUCGGCGAACCAGUGCCACCAUGCUCUCCCAUUACGUUUGCCAUGCAUGAUAGGCAAAGUCUGUCCGAGGCUGACUGCACUCCAAUAUUAACGACUCCCAAGGGUGGAGGUCGGCGUUCUCCCUUACUACUGUGCUGAUAUUAUAUAGCCGCUGAAAACCUUUUCAGGCCGGUCUAUUACCAGCUCUUAUUCUCGAUCGUGCUCCGGCGAACCUUGACCAUUUGCCGCUCUGGUCACGCAAUAAGACGGUGUGUACGCAAUAGUGGACAAUUUAUAGUGUCUGGACCAGCAAUGGACAACGAGGACGCGGCAAGCUCUUUCAUGACAGACGCCGGGAAAACCUUUGCUCGAGACGGACUUCUACGUUUGCACAGGUGUCGCCAAAAAAGAGGAUCAUUCUUUCCUGCUAGCAAGGGGCAUACAGCCUAGCAGCCCAAAGUACAGUAUCAAAAGCUCCGACAUUGCCCAAUUGUACCUUGCGGCUGGCGUUCAAGGUCCAGUCUCGGACCCCUUUUUCCUCAGCCUUUCGGAGUGGGUCCGCGAAAGGCUGCUGAUGCCAUCCCAACUAUUAUGAGGGAACUGAUACUGUCUGAAAACAGACAUAUCCAAGAGAUUAUAGUGGCCUUUCAAAUUACGACAUCCAUAAUGCUUCGGCCUCCGGAUAUCCAAAUUGGGCUUUCCGUCUAGACUGGAACAGCGCUACAAUUAUUUCGACAAACCUUAUGGUAAGGCUAGCACAUUACAUAUUUCGACUUCACUGAAGCGAUGUUCCAUGUGACACCUGCGUUGUCCGCUGAGGACGGCAAUAUCGAAGGUGGAAGUCGACAUCUCGCUUCUGCUGCCGGCUACCCGCUCUCUCAUAACGUGAUUGGCGCUAAAGAAGUCGUCAUCUGUCCAGCGGGCCUUACGAACACGCAGUAAGAGGUUUGUUUUCAAAUCCACGUGGAGCUUGAUCAUGGUCCUCGAGAGCGUGCAGGGUCCAUGUUGUACAGUAGGCGUGGGUUGUGGACCCUGGGGACUGCAAGUCUGUGUACUGUCCCUCUCCCAAAGCCUCGGAACUGACCACAUUGACCGGAUCCAUCCCCUAGGCCACUCCAGUUCAACCACAGUCACUUGCAGCCAAGAUGCCCAUAUACUCAAGCACCCCUUCCGCAUAGGCAAAGUUGGUUGUUGGUCAAGAUUGUUUGCGAACUCGCCACAAACAGUACUUAGGCCUGGACAAAAUGGGCAGCCUUCCGACGAAGAAGCCAUGGAUCUUGAAUGCAUUUGCCAUGUUCACGCCUGGUCAUCUAUCUCCAGGAUUAUGGAAACACCCUCAAGAUCGUGGCGGGCUCAACUUCAAUGAUCUUACCUACUGGACAGAUCUUGCCAAGAUCUUGGAUGAGGGUAAAUUCCACGGUCUGUUCCUUGCAGACCACCUUGGGAUAUACGAUGUCUACAAGGGCCCGGCCAACCGCGACCCUGCUCUUCUUUCUGGUGCCCAGUUCCCACUUGGAGAUCCAUUACUCCUUGUCUCGGCCAUGGCCUCGGUGACCAAGUCGCUCGCGUUCGGCAUUACCGUGUCUACCACGUACGAAAGCUCUCCUUACGCUUUGGCACGCAAGUUCUCGACGCUCGACCACUUGACCAACGGCCGGAUUGGCUGGAACAUCGUCACGUCGUUCCUAGACAGCGCCGCUCGGGCUUACGGCCUCGACCAGCAAGUCCCGCACAGCGAGCGAUACGAGCGUGCGGACGAGUUCCUGGAGCUCGCAUAUAAGCUGUGGGAAGGCACAUGGCGGGACGAAGCGGUCGUCAAGGAUCCCGUGUCUGGAGUAUACAGUGAUCCCAAACAUGUUCGGUCAAUCACUCACAAAGGGAAAUACUACACCUCGUACGCGACGAACCAGCUGCCCCCCUCGAAGCAGAGAACUCCACUUUUGUUCCAAGCCGGGGCGUCAAAGGAUGGAUCUACAUUUGCAGCGAAACAUGCCGAAGUCAUGUUCGUCCCUGGGUUGGAACCUGCGAAAACGAGAGCAGUGGUCGAUGGCGUGCGAAGCAAACUCGUCGAAACCGGCCGGGCGCCCGACAGCGUGAAAUUCGUAGCUGGCAUCCUAGUCAUCGUGGACGAAACAGACGAGCUCGCACAAGCCAAAUACCAAGACCACCUAUCGUACGCAGACCUCGAGGGCGUCGCGACACUAUUCGGAGGGUGGUCAAGCACCGACCUAUCGCAAUUCGACGACGACGAAGAUUUCGCAUUCAAGACCAUCGGCGGCGUACACUCGUUCAUCGAGACGUGGUCCAAGACGAUCCCCAACUCCGGCGGCAUCAAGUGGACCAAGAGACGUGUUUUGCAGGAACUUGCGCUCGGGGGCGCCCACCCGCGCGCCAUCGGGUCCCCGUCUACCGUCGCCGAUAUCCUCGAGCGCUGGAUCGAUGAGGCCGGGGUCGACGGGUUCAAUUUCACGUACACCAUUUCUCCGGGUACCUUUCAGGAUCUGGUCAAGUUCCUGUGGCCGGAGUUGAGGAAGAGAGGCCAUAUUUGGUCGGAUUACGCCGUCCCUGCCGGCUCGGCUAGGGAGAAUUAUUUCCAGGAUGGCUUGGGCGCGAGGCUGCGCGACGAUCAUCCAGGAAAACGGUUUGCUUGGACUUGAAACGAUCUUAUAAAUAGUAUGGCUAGUAUAAGAACGGAGUACAAAAGUCCAAAGGGUCAUGGAUGGUAUCUCUAUCUUGUUUUCUGGUACCCGGCCUUGCUGGCGGUGUACCGGUACAGGACUGGUAACUGAAGGAAGAAGGUUCGGGCAUUUUGUGCCGCGAAUGUAGGUAUGUCUCAGACGGUUGCACUAUUCGAACCGAACACACACCGGUGGCCCCUAAGAACCUGGCAUGCAUGCCUCGGCUCAGACAUUCAAUCAUUUCAUCUAUUCAAUAUUGGCGUGUAGUUAUUCCCCCGACCUCAAAGCGAGCCAUCAGCUCCUUAAAUAAUCAAGGUCGGUUUCGAAGGAGACGUUCGGUGUCGUCAGUGGUAAAAUUGCCGGCCUAGCGGUGACAGUAGUUGGGCCAACUGUGGCUCGAGAUACGCACCGGCAUGACGUGGUUGAGAGACGUGGAGGGGGACACGGCCUCAGCUGUGGUUGCUGUCGAGGCAGACGCAAAGGGCACUGGGACUGCAGCCGCCAGUACUUAUAGACCUCCGUCCGAGUCUGUUCAGUUGGCAGAUGAGCAAGAUACCUGGUAGCGAGUCCCAUGCCUCGCCAUAUAUCUGGUCAUUCAUGCAGUUUGGCAGGCCACGUAGCGGGCAGCCAUAUGAUUUGGUCGUAAAGGCAAUGAUGCGAUGCUGGCAGACGUGAGGCGGACACAUACCGGACUAGACACUGGAGAGGUCGUUGCGGCUGCCAUACCGGGUCCUGGUUGGAGUGACACUCCUCCAAACCAUGCAGGGAACUUACCAAAGGGAAGGAUACCGCAAACGGAUUGAGUAGCGAGCCUUACCGGGUUUGGAAGACAGGGAAGGGUUGCUCUGAGUCGUUCAUCUUGCCAGACCUUUACCAGUCUCUUCAAUCACUGGUAGACAUUGCGGUCCCCUUUUCAUACAUGGCCAAUUACUUGAAGCGCAUCAGACAACGGGGCUGAGUGUCGUUGAGCACCACCAGACAGCAUGGGCGGGAGUGACCAUGUCUCGCAGGUUGCGACGCUGUAAACAUAUCAAUGGCAAUUCUGUCUCCAAA